ACAGUGAAAAAUGUUAUAAAACUUGUUGCAAAAUUCUAGAGUUCAUUCAAUUAGGACGUUUACCGCUUAUAUCAAGUGAUAUGAUAUCGUGAUAUAUGUUUCUGUUAGUUGUGGAUACAUUGUGUCACCUUAGUUUUCUCCCGAUACAUAUAUGUCGGAUCCAUUAGUUUAGCCUUAAAUGAAGUUCGCUGAGAGACUGAAUGCUCAUCUCACUCCAGAAUGGAGGACUCAGUACAUAGAUUACGAUGAAUUGAAGGAACACCUUUAUAAAUAUACACAAGUUUUGGAAACUCUUCCGUUUUUCUCUGAGGAAGAGACCAAAGCAUUUUUGGAUGAAUGUGACGAAGAAUUUUUUAACCUAUGUGAAAGUGCCUUGAGGAAGAUUGAGGUGUUUUUUUCUGAGAAGAUUGCUGAAGCUAAUCGAAAGUUCACCACUUUAGUAGAUGAACUUGAUAACUACAUCGAGUCUACUCAUCAUAAAUCUAUCAGUUGGAUUACAGGUUCUAAAGUCUCACUUUCCAGAAGACUAACAGAAUCAUUCGGAAGAGAAGGCGAUAAGUGUAGGGUGUCUGUAAGGGAAAAUGGUUCAACUAACACACCGAUUUGGAAUAAAAUCAGCAAAAUACAGUCUGAAGAAAACUCGGAGUUACGUCGCCGUCAGAGCCGUUCAAAACAGUCUGAAAAUCCGAAAUAUGAUGCCCAAAGAUUGGACAGAAGAAAGAAGACCUUUAGAAAGUUACAUGAUUUGAAGCUAGCUUUCAGUGAAUUUUAUCUAAGUCUUGUUUUACUGCAAAAUUACCAAUCCCUUAAUUUCACGGGAUUCAGAAAAAUAUUGAAAAAGCAUGACAAGCUUCUCCGCCGGAACACAGGACUACUUUGGCGGCAACAGGUGGUUGAGUGUGCACACUUCAAUACUAGUAGAGACGUUGAUGACCUUAUCACAGAGGUUGAGAAUAUAUUUACGGAGAAACUAGAACAAGGUGAUAGACAAAAAGCCAUGAAACGGCUGCGAGUGCCUCCACUUUCCGAAAAGUAUAAUCCACGUGGUUUAUUCCUUUUUGGUUUGUUUUUUGGAGUUUUUCUGGCUCAGUUUAUUGUUAUAUUGUUAACUUGUAUAUUUUUACGCCCAUUACCACCACAUUAUCUCCCAGCUUUAAGAUUAUUUCGUGGAACAUUUCUCCUUAUAUUCUUUCUUUGUUUAUUUGGUGUAAAUACAUAUGGAUGGCGUUCAUCUGGUGUAAAUAAUGUCCUUAUUUUUGAAUUGGAUCCAAGAACACAUUUAGAUCAUUUUCAAUUAUUACAGAUUUCAUUCUUCUUUGCUAUGAUUUGGGGGUGUGCGCUGAUUUAUUUCUUAUUUAGUGAAGUACUACAUUCACCUGGAUAUGCAUCACCAUUGGUACUUGUUUCAUUCAUGACACUUUACUUAGUCAAUCCGUUUAGUUUUGCUCAUUCCAAAGCACGUCGUUGGUUAUUACGUGUAUUAGGACGAAUUAUCAGAGCACCAUUUGCAAAAGUUUCCUUCGCAGAUUUUUGGCUAGCGGAUCAACUAACUAGUUUAAGUUUCAUAUUUCCAGAUAUAGCUUAUUUUAUUUGUUUUUAUUCAUCACAAAUUGAUUGGGCUAAUGGAAUGAGUUACAAACCACAAAAUUCUUCUUCUUUGACAUUACCUUCACUAGUUAUGGGACAUAAUAGUCAAUAUUCUAAUUCAACACGUUUAACAAUUCCUUCUUGUGCUUCUCAUUCAAAUGAAAUUAUAGCUAAUAGCUGUCAAUGUGAAGGUAUUCUUUUCGGUUUGGAUCCAAUUUUAAAGGUGUUACCGUCUUGGUUUCGAUUUGCGCAGUGUUUGAGGCGUUAUAGAGACAUGGAUGUUAAAAAAGCCAAUCCUCAUUUAUUAAACGCAGGGAAAUAUUCUACAGCAUUUCUAGUAUCUACUUGUGGUGUCUGGCUGGCAUUCGAUCGAGGUACUUGGCCAUUGGUAGCUUAUAUUAUAUCUAGUAUUAUACGAUCUGGUUACACAUAUGCAUGGGAUAUUCUUAUGGAUUGGGGUUUAUUAGAUUGUCGGUCAGAAGAUAAACUAUUACGUGAUGAACUAGUCUACAGAUAUAGAGGUUAUUAUUUCUUUGCAAUAAUUGAAGAUUUUGUGCUCCGUUUAACAUGGAUCGCUCGUCUAAGUUUUGAACGUAUUGGAUUUGCACGGAUGGAAAUUAUCACAACAAUAUUUUUGACAACUGAAGUUAUUCGACGUUUUAUAUGGAAUUUCUUUCGUUUGGAGAAUGAACAUUUGAAUAAUUGCGGUCAAUUUAGAGCUGUUCGUGAUAUAUUUAUUACACCUCUACCUAAACGGCCACCAAGAACAUCAUCGUUAACAACAUUUGGAAAUUCUAAUUCUCAUAGUGUAUUUAGUUCGAAAUUGGCUCGACCAAAUGUUCACUCGAAAUAUUCAGGGAAACCGGUCGGAUAUUCUCCGGAUGAUGGCCGAAGAAGUGUACCUGAUUUUACACGAGAUAAAUCUUUUAAUUCACCACAUAAACCCAGUCAUUUCCAAGCAUCUGACUCAUUAAGAUCUAGAAGAACAUAUGACGUUAAGGAUACUGAACACGAAAACUAUUUAACAGAAAUUAAAACCUCUAUGGAAGACAACGAUUUGUUUUCACAAGAGGAAAAACAGGAAAAUCCAUUUCAUCGAUUUUGGAGACAUAUGAGAUCGUUAGGAAAAAGUUCGUCUCAUUCGAAACAUAGUAAUCAUCAAUUUGACGCUAAUUACGAGUUGUCGACCAAUGAAAUCUAUGAUAACCCAAUCGAAAAUAAACCUACAUUUACCUUAUUUAUUGAUGAUGCAGAUGACAAUAAUCUUCCAAAUACAUCUAAUCAAAUGCCAGCUUCAUUUAAUUCCAGAGAGGAGCAUUCUUCAUUAGAGAAAUCAAAUGAAAUCUCACCAGUAAAAUCGAAUUCUAAUCAACCAAGUGCUUCUAAGUCUCAUCCUUAUAUAAGGGAAAGACGUGUUCUUAUACUGAAUCACCAGACAGAUAAUGAAUCUGGGGAACCUUAUGAAAAGUGCAGGCUUGAUCCGACUCAGGAGAUCAUAAAAGAUUAUUCAUCAUCUCCGGUAAAAAAAUUACCGCCGAAAUCUAUUUUAACAUCAGGUAGAAAGUUAGGUAUUUGUGAUCAUCAGCCGGUAGAUCAAUGUACAUUAAAUGUCGAUGACAAUGAGAAUAAAUCAAAUAAUCCAUGUGAUUCUGUAACUAAUUCUAAUCGUAAUGCAUUUGAACAAUUUUUGAAAAUGCAUGAUAAUUUAUCAUCUAUCAAUGAAUUAGGUCAUUCAAAUACAUCAGUAUCUCAUAUUAAUCAAGGUUUUGUUGGAUCUAAUCAACCAGACAAUGAAUUACCUAAUACACUUAAUAAUAAUAAUACUGUAAUUAAUGAUUGUCAAAUAAUAAUAAGGGAUCCAUCACAUAUGGGAAUCGUUCAACAUGAAAAUGAGUUACAGUAUACUAUUCCUGUUACGUUGAUUUCUAACAGUGAAUCUAAUCAAAAUUUAUCAAUUACUACACGACUAAUGGAUGGUAAACAUGGGAUAUAGAAUGAAAAAUGAAUUCAUUGAAAUUAUCAGUUCAUAAAGGAUACACACAGCAGAAUAGCAUAAUAAUAUUAAUGUGUAUAAACAACUGAAUAUUAUGUGAACCGUUGAUGCUCAAUUAAAAUGUUAUACAAUAGAACAGUUUGAUUGAUUGGUUAUUUAGUAGUCGAAAUAAAAUUAGUCUUUCGUUAAUUCCUUUUUAUAAGUCAACAUAUAUUCAUGAAUUACUUAUUCUAUUAACAGAAACUUUUAUGAUCUAAUAAUUUCUUUUCUUUUUAUGUAUAUGUGUGUUUUUCGGAUUAGUUUCUUUCUAUCAUUUAUAUUUUGCGCAUAAAUGAACAUUUUUUUUCAAAUGAAUAGUAAUAUUCUUUAAUUAGACCCAUCAUUAAUUGAUACCAUUAAGGUAUAUCGAAGUAGUGUUUUUUCUAAUAACAAAAUAGAAUUUACAAUUAUUUUUAUUCUAUUUAUUAAUUCUUUAAAUUAUUCAAUGUUUGCCUUUUGUAUUUGAACAAGAAUUGAUUUUAUCACUUAACUAGGUAUAUGGAUUAUUUAUUAUUAAUCAUUAUCAAAUUGUAUAAACAUACAUUGAAUGUUUAAUCUUUCUUACAUCAAUCACAUAAUAAUGUUUAUUUUUCAAGCUAAAUCAUUAUUGUCACCAUCAUUUUUACUUCUUAAUAAAUGGUAUAUUUUUUUAAAUAAUAGACUACUGACUCUCUUUAUUUCUACUAAUAUACAACUUUCAUAUUAAUGAAAUGAUGCACCAUUGCGCAUGGAUACACUUAAAACGUAUUUACAUGUACAUAUAUACAUAACUAUGGUUGCAGAUUUUUAAAAUAAAACAAAGAGAACAGAGAAUCAAUAAACAAUUUCAUAUAUUUCUUGAUUAGGUUAAUAAUUAUUUAUUUAUUUCCUUAUUUUGGUUUAUGUCCUUGUCAACCUAUCUCUCUCCCUUUCCACAAGAUCACAUCUAUAGCAGUUUCUUUUUUCUUUCUAAAACCAUAAGUUGUUUUCUUAUUAAAUUGUAUUUUCAUUUAUUUCAUAAUUCAGUUACAACAUAUACACCAUCCAUUUUUUCUUUGUUUGUUUACAACUAAUAAAAUUAUUACCAUUUAAUUGUUUACAGACAUAUUGAGUUAUUUCUUCUUGUAGCAUAUAAAGCAUAUAAAAAAGGUACAUACAAACAUAUACAGAUUUAUUUUUAAAAAAUAUUUCUCGUAUAUUUGAUGAUUUCAACUUUACUAAUUAGUAGUUAGUUUGUUUUCUUUUCAAAAUUUGUUGUGUGUUAUUUUUUUAUAAUCAACACAUCUAGCACAUGAUGUAUAUAUGCAAAUAUACAUAUGAAUAUCAAGAGGAAAGAAAAUAGAGAGAAUAAAUGAUUUUUUUAUUUGUUACUAUCCUUAUUGUUUAUAAUAUUGAAAACAAGUAGUAAAAACCUUAAGGGAGUUUGUUUUUGACAGAUAUCAUGAAAUGAUAUUUGAUAUUAUGUAGAAGAAGAACAGGAGAAAGCUUAGUGAACUACUGACUUGGAGAGACUGUCUAAAUAACCUUACAACAUUUUUCGGUGGAAAAGAUCUCGUAUACACUUUUUAUUUCAAGAUGCCAUUUCCGUCUGCUAUUUGUGGUUAGCAUUAAGUAGGUUCAAUGAUAUUAGGACAGAUCAAAAGUGAUUAGUGGAAAAUUCUGAACUCAAAUUCAAUUGACUAAUAUUUAUUUUAAAUGAAAUCUAUAAAAAACGAAGAAAUAUAUUCUAACAGUUAUCAAAGAUGUGAUACCAUAUAUAAGAAUCUUAAAAAAAUCAUUAAGUAAUCACACUUCUUGUUAGGAAAUUCACCGAAUGUACAAUAACUGAAGGCAGAUUAAAAAGAAUUAUCGAGACCUAAUGAACAGUAGAACUAAAAAACCAGUGGAAUUUAACAGUAGAAGUAAAGCAAAGGUUUUUAAUACUUAAUCUACAAUGGAUUAGGUGAUUAAACUAUCAUAAAUAUGUUACCCAUGAAUUAUAACAAUGAAAGAACUUAUUAGAAAUAAAAAUAUGAAUAUCAUUAAAGCUGAAAAAUUGUUGCUGAAAUCAGUGAAUUUAAUUGAUGAGUAGGGAGACUGAAAGUGUAAAUAGACAAUAUGAAAUUUCUAAUUUUAUUUAAUUCACCGUACUUUCUAAGAACAACUUGAUUUUAAUUAGACACUUAUUCAACUGUAAAGCCUAUAAAUAGAUGUAGUUGUUGUGAUUAGUCGAAUUCUUACAUGACUAACUUCAUUUUCUACAUGACAUCUUAGAAAUCAGCUUUGAAUUCAAU